AUGUUCAAGAAUUUUGCAGGAAGGAAGAUCAAGCCGAAUACAAAAAAGAACAAAAUGGUUAAGAGCCAGGAAGAAUGGUACAACUAUGUGAUGGAGGCCAAUCCAAAUUUUGAAGAUUUCAAGGAAGAGAAGGACGUGCAGAAGCACAUUGCUGAGCUGGAGAAAACUUUCAAGCUUUCUGUGGAAGUGGCUCUCUGA